UGGAGCUUCAUUGUUAUUUCUUGAUUUUGCGAGACUUCAGUUCGUUGUGGCGGCAGUCGCUAGAGUGAAAGUGGGGGCUCGGAUAUGGCUGCUUCCAAGGCGUUAAUGGCUUCCUUAACCCACCAGCGUCCACUAACAUGUGUCGCUUCUGUAUCAACAUCUUAUCCUACACGACUUGUUCCCCAGCCACCAGACCUUAUCAAGUGGGUCAGGAAACAAGGUGGGUUCGUGCACAAGGCGGUGAAGAUAGCACAAUAUGACUCCAAUGGCCUCGGACUUAUGGCUUCGGAAGAAAUCCCUAGAGGGAGUGACCUUAUUGUUCUUCCUCACCACGUACCGUUGAAGUUCGGGUCUCUUGAAUCGAACCAUGAAGAUGAUCUUGAUUCUGUGUUAGUUAAUUUAGCUCGCCAUGUUCCUGAGGAACUAUGGGCUAUGAAACUGGGUUUGAAGCUUCUGCAAGAAAGAGCGAAAGUUGGAUCAUUUUGGUGGCCAUAUGUCAGCAAUCUCCCAGAAACAUACAGUGUCCCUAUCUUCUUUCCAGGGGAGGAUAUAAAGAACUUGCAGUAUGCUCCACUGCUUCACCAGGUGAACAAAAGAUGUCGUUUUCUUCUUGAUUUUGAGCAAGAGUGCAAGCGUGCCCUUGGCAAUCUGAAACCAGAUAAGCAUCCUUUUGGUGGACAAGAAGUAGAUGCGUCUGCACUUGGAUGGGCAAUGUCAGCUGUCUCAUCUAGGGCAUUCCGGUUAUAUGGUGACAAGCGUCCAGAUGGGACCCACACAGACAUACCAAUGAUGCUUCCUUUAAUUGAUAUGUGCAACCAUAGUUUCAAUCCAAAUGCCCGAAUUGUUCAGGAACAAGAUACUGGUGAAAUGAAGAUGCAAGUAAAGGUCGUGGCUGAUACAGAAAUCAAACAAGAUGAUCCUUUAUUACUCAAUUAUGGCUUUUUAAGCAAUGAUCUUUUUCUUCUUGACUAUGGAUUUGUGAUACCCUCAAAUCCUUAUGAUUGUAUUGAGCUCAAAUAUGAUGGUGCAUUUUUGGAUGCUGCAAGCAUGGCAGCUGGGGUUUCUUCUCCCAACUUCUCAGCACCCGCUCCAUGGCAGGAACAAAUUUUAUGUCAGCUAAAUCUAGCUGGAGAAGCUCCUGAUCUUAAGGUAAGCUUAGGUGGUCCAGAAAUAGUGGAGGGCCGCCUGCUGGCAGCACUGAGAGUAUUUCUUGCAAGUGACAUGGAAGCUGUGCAAAACUAUGACCUUAAAACUCUCAAGUCUCUGGCUGCCGAAGCUCCUCUUGGUAUUGCAAUUGAAGUGGCAGCCCUGCGAACAACAAUCGCUUUGUGUGUCAUUGCAUUGGGACACUUCCCCACUAAGAUAAUGGAUGAUGAGUCAUUGUUGAAACAGGGUGCUUCAGGUUCAACUGAGCUAGCCAUUCAGUUCAGGAUUCAAAAGAAAUCUGUGAUUAUAGAUGUGAUUAGAGACCUCACAAGAAGAGUGAAGCUUCUCUCAUCGAAGGACAAAGCCACUGCUGAAAGCUGAAGCACCAAAUUUAGCUUCGUUUUGAAUAUCAUUCUUCCAACAUACAUGGAAUGGGCUGAUGUUUCUCAUGAAUAUCAUCCUCUUGAGGUACGUUCAACUCUGUUUAUAUGGUUUGGCUGAUCUGUUCUAGAAGGUACUUGAUAGAUUUAUUCUCCUUUAGGAUUGAUUGAGGCUUUCACUUCUGGCGCUAAUUCAGAUUAAAUGUGUACUGCGCAUACUUGUCAAACGAUGAAAUGUACUGCAUGAAAGAGACCUCAUAACUGCAAUAUGCAUCUUCUUAAUGGAUAUUUCUUUAUUUUAA